AUGGCUGCUCCUGCACCAAUCUGCUCUCUGCUGGGCCAACCUGCUCUGCCUCUCCUGUCUGCCGAGGGGGACAUCAACAUUGGGGCAGUGUUCCCUCUACAUAGGAAUGCCCUCUUCAAGGUCCAUUCGUUCACCUCCAGACCAGAGAAAACAUCCUGUAUCAGUUUCGACCCACGUGAGUUCCAGUUUGCACAGACCCUGAUCUUUGCCCUGGAGGAGAUCAACAACAGCAGUGAUCUGCUCCCAGGGCUGUCUCUGGGUUACCAGGUCUAUGACUCCUGUAGCUAUGCCCCCCUGGCCAUCCACUCAGCCCUGGCCCUGAUGAACAGCCCUGGGCCUGAGGACAGCCUGGGAGAUCCUUCCUCCUGUUCCAGAUCUCCAGCCGUGUUGGGUAUUGUAGGGGAGUCAAGCUCCACAUCCACCAUCGGAAUGUCAUCCCUGGUCGGACCAUUCAACAUCCCUGUGAUCAGCCACUUUGCCACCUGUGCUUGUCUGAGUAAUAAAAAGAAGUUCCCUUCCUUCUUCAGAACCAUCCCCAGUGACUUCUACCAGAGCAGAGCCCUGGCAAAGCUGGUCAAACACUUUGGAUGGAACUGGGUGGGAGUGGUGAACAGCAACAAUGACUAUGGAAACAACGGCAUGGCCACAUUCUUGGAGGCAUCGUGGCAUGAAGGGGUCUGUGUAGAGUACCAAGAGUCCAUCCACCGCACAGACCCCAGAGAGAAGCUCCUAGAAGUCGUCAAGGUCAUCCGGAGGGCCACAGCCAGGGUGGUGGUACUGUUCUUGACCUUGGGGGAACUCAUCCCCCUGAUGAAUGAGAUGGCCCUGGAGGGAGACCCAGGGCUUCAGUGGGUGGGCAGCGAGGCCUGGAUCACAGCCAGACUGCUGACGGAGAACAAGUCCUACGGCUUCCUGAGGGGGGCGGUGGGCUUUGCCAUCAGGAAUGCCAGGCUGGAUGGUCUGGAGGGGUUCCUACAAAAGGUGCACCCCUUCCAGGCGCCAGACAACACCCUGCUCAGGGAGUUCUGGGAGACUGUGUUCAAGUGCUCCUUCGAGGGGGGCAGCAGCACACUGUGCACAGGAACAGAGAGCUUAGCAAAGCUGAAGAACCAAUACACUGACAUGUCAGAGCUGAGAAUAUCCAGUAAAGUGUACACAGCUGUAUAUGCGAUUGCACACGCUCUGCACAACCUACUGACAGACUUAAAGAAUGACACAGACAGCGGCAGAAGACCAGUCUACACACCACAGCAGGUGCUACAGUACCUAAAGGAGGUGAGGUUUAGAGUAAAGACAGGAGAGGAGAUCUGGUUUGAUGAUAACGGAGAUGUGGUGGCAUUCUACGACCUAGUGAACUGGCAGCAGGAGGAGGAUGGGACCCUGCAGUUCCAUGUUGUGGGGCUGUAUGAUUCCUCGAUGCCCCCUGAACAGCGCAUUACCUUCAACAAGGGAAAACUGGUCUGGGUAGGGGGCCAGGCAGAGACACCUGCAGCAGUGUGCAGUGAGAGCUGUCCCACAGGCACUCGUAAGGCUGUACAGAAAGGAAAGCCUGUAUGCUGUUAUGACUGUGUACCAUGUGCGGAGGGAGAGAUCAGUAAUAUCACAGAUUCUAACGGCUGCUAUCGAUGUGACUUGGAGUAUUGGUCCAAUGAAAAAAGGGACCUCUGUGUGUUGAAACCAGUUGAAUUCCUCUCCUAUGAAGAAAUGAUGGGCAUAGUUCUGGUGUUUUUCUCCUUACUUGGGUCCGGUGUUACUACUCUGGUAGCUGUGGUGUUUUCAAUUCAUAAGGACACUCCCAUCGUCAGGGCCAACAACUCUGAGCUGAGCUUCCUGCUGCUCUUCUUCUUGACUCUUUGUUUUCUGUGUUCUCUUACUUUCAUUGGCCGGCCCUCUGAGUGGUCCUGUAUGCUGCGUCACACAGCGUUUGGGAUCACCUUCGUCCUCUGCAUCUCUUGUGUUCUGGGGAAAACAAUAGUGGUGUUGAUGGCCUUCAGGGCUACACUUCCAGCCAGUAAUAUCAUGAAAUGGUUUGGUCCUACACAGCAGAGACUCAGUGUUCUUGCUUUCACUCUCAUACAGGUCCUGAUCUGUGUUCUUUGGUUAACAGUCUCCCCUCCUUUCCCCUACAAGAACAUGAAGACCUAUAAGGAAAAGGUCAUUCUAGAGUGUGAUGUGGGUUCAGCUAUUGGUUUCUGGGCUGUAUUGGGGUAUAUAGGACUCCUAGCUCUCUUGUGCUUUGUGCUGGCUUUUCUGGCUCGAAAGCUUCCUGAUAACUUCAAUGAGGCCAAAUUCAUCACCUUCAGCAUGCUCAUAUUCUGUGCAGUCUGGAUUACCUUUAUCCCAGCUUAUGUCAGCUCUCCUGGGAAGUUCACUGUAGCUGUGGAGAUAUUUGCUAUUCUGGCCUCCAGUUUUGGUUUACUAUUCUGCAUUUUUGCUCCUAAAUGUUUCAUUAUAUUGCUGAGGCCAGAGCAAAACACCAAGAAACAUAUCAUGGGGAAGACAUCCAAUGACAUACGAUAUUAAAGAAACAUAUUUUGGGAAAGACGUCAACCAAAGCCCUUUAGGAUGAAUACUGACCAUUGGCCUAUUCAAAGUCUUUCUAUAAUAAACACAGACACAUCAUACCUAAGUCAGUCAUGGGUUAAACUCAUCCACAGACACAUCAUAUCUAAGUCAAUCAUGGGUUAAACUCAUCCCCAGGCUCAAUUGAUACCAAAAAAUAGAGCCUGGAAACACUGUGCAAUGAAGUGUUACUUGAAAGGGGAAGGGUUCAAAUCAAGGAUAGAGAGAGCCUGCUACAGUUUGACUAUGAAAACUACAGAAAACCUCACAAUGAUCAUAUGACUUUUAGGAAGCCCCAACUGAUUCUGAGUUUGGGCAUAUUUCUUAUUUUAUUUAUUUCACCUUUAUUUAACCAGGUAGGCUAGUUGAGAUGAAGUGCUCAUUUACACAUGCGACCUGUCCAAGAUAAAGCAAAGCAGUGCGACACAAACAACAACACAGUUACACAUGGAAUAAACAAACAUGGAGUCAAUAAUACAAUACAGUGUUUGCAAAUGAGGUAGGAUAAGGGAGGUAAGGCAAUAAAUAGGCCAUAGUAGAUACAUAAUUACAAUAUAGAAUAUAAACACUGGCAUGAUAAGAUGUGCAGAAGAUGAGUGUGCAAGUAGAGAUACUGGUGUACAAAAGGAGCAAAAUAAGACAUUUGCAUGUGAGAGAUGGACGUGAACUCACUUCCUUGUUUAGCCUAAUUAGUUUGCAGAGGGCAGGUUAUAAGGGUUUUGUUGGACGGUGAAGGAUUGAGAUAUCAGCCAAUGUAAAUCCGCUCCUGCCAUGGGCUCCAUUCCGGUCUCUUCAUGAGACAUUGUAAGAGACGGUUCGAAAGAGAAAGAGCCGGCUGGUAGACGAGAUCUGUCACAGGUACAUGGAUGUUAAAUAAGUUCUGAACACACAUCCAGCAGCACAUUAUGCCAAGCAGCCAUAUCUACAUAUCUAGGAAAGUCAAGACAAUAAUUUUGACAUAGGCUAUGUUUCUCACUGCUCUACCCCAGCAGUCACUGACAGCCUGCUGUGCUUCCACAGGCCCCCUCAGUGACCCCCUCAGUGACCCCCUCAGUGACUGCUUCCUUCCAGUCCAGGUCCAGAUCAGGAGCCCACACACAAGCCCCUUACUGUGCCUCUGUCUCAAAGGCCUGCUCUGGACAAGCAUGGCCUACUAUCUCAUCAAAAACAACAUUGACUUCUUAAACCUCUCCUCAUAGGCCUGUGGGCCACAACCCAAUGUGUGUCAAUACACCAAUGGGCAUGUGGCAUUCAUACCACCAUCAACACAUAGCAAGGCCUCAGUGAAAUGUCUUAUAAAGAAUAUAUGUCUGUACUGCAUGUAUGGUGUAAUAUAUUGGCUACCCUUCAUGUAAUAUUACUGUUGUUGUCAUAAACAAUUCAGCUGUCUAAUAUCUCUAGAUCUCCAGUCUUACUUGAAUUUUCACAG